CCCGCCCCGGGGCUGCGGAUCCUGCCGUGCCCUUCCCCGGCAGAGCCCGGCCCCGGAGCGUCUCUGCCCCGGAACGGCGGGCGGGCUCCUCCGGCGCAGCCCCGGGCCCGGGACGGUGCGAACCCCAACCCCACCUCCGCCGCGGGCAGGACCUGCUCGGCGGAGGCUGCGCCGCCUCCCCCAUCCGCCCGCCUUCCUUCCUGCUCCCGCCGCGGCUCCCAGCCUGCUGGGCCGCCGGGCCGGGCUGGCCCCGCUGUUCGCCCCGCGUUUACACCCGGGUUUAGCCCCGCGGCCCCUCGCGCUCCCGCCUGCCCCGGGCUCCCGCACGCAGCGGCACCGCCACCGGCUCCAUUCCCGUCCCCGGGGGCCCCGGGGCAGUCGGGGUGACCGGGGGUGUCGGCGGCGCGGGGCCGGCUGACGCCCGUCCGUUUGCCGUGCAGGGCGGCGUGUCGGCGGGAGCGGCGGGGCCGCAGGGACCCGCUCGGUCCCAGCAGGAUGUCCCGGCCGCCCUCCAUCACCCUCCGCGUCUCCGAGGACACCGACAGCGAUGGCCAGGAGCCGAGCCCGGACAACGAAGGAGCCCUGCACACCUCCUUCCACCAGCUCAUCCAGGAGCAGAGCAGCUUGGUAGAGGCGGUUCUGGAGCUGGAGAUGCAGGCAAGGGGCAGAGAGCACCCGGCCCGCCUGGGCCCCCAAGAUGCCUGUGCCACGGUGUGGCAGGAGCCUGGGCAGGACGAACAGCACCCCGGCUACUCCUCCGCCUCCCUGCGGAUCCUCGCCAACAUGCCCAGCCGUACCAUCGGGCGCAGCCGCGGGGCCAUCAUCUCCCAGUACUACAACCGCACAGCCCGGCUGCGGCGCCGGAGCAGCCGCCCACCCCUGCAGCAGCUCUGCCACACGGCGCGGCCCAGCCUGCGGCAGUACGACCUGGAGACCGACCCUGCCAGGGCCACGCUGGAAGACAAGCGGAGCCUGCUGGUGAAGGAGCUGCUGAGCCUCUCACCCAGCCAGCGCAGCCACAUGCUGCUUAAUGUGCCCCUCAGCCUGGCAGAGAAACGCACCCUCCGGCAGGAGCUGAGCGGGCAGAGGGGCCCCCUGAGGCAGCACGCCCAGUGCCGGGCCCCCUCCUCUCUCUGCGGAUGGUCCAAGGACUACAUCAUCCUCGGCUGCCGGGGCCUCUGGUACAGGCUCCUCUCCCUGCUCCCUGCCAUGAAGCCCUGGCAUUACGCCCUGAAGCAGAUCGGUGGCCGCUUCGGCUCCAGUGUCCUCUCCUACUUCCUCUUCCUCAAGACGCUCCUUAUGUUCAACAUCAUCUCAUUCCUCAUUCUCCUGGUCUUCGUGGUGGCCCUGCAGGCUGCAUAUCCCCCUGCCUCGACCAGCCCCCAGUCCUUCACUGGCCUCGAGCUCCUGACUGGAGCGGGCUACUUCACUCACUCACUGCUAUACUAUGGCUACUACAGCAACGUCACCCUCAACGACCCCUGCGCCUCCAGCCCCAAUGACAGCGCAUGCCCCCUCGCAGCCCCCCCGCUCCCAUACAACAUGCCGUUGGCCUACGUGUUCAGUGUUGGGGUCUCCUUCCUCGUCACCUGCAUCCUGCUGGUGUACAGCAUGUCCUGCUCCUUCCGGGAGAGCUACCGUGUGGGCAGCUCCGCCGGGGACCUGGCCGUCAAAGUCUUCUGUGCCUGGGACUUCAAGGUGAUCCAGAGGCGCUCGGUCAAGCUGCAGUGUGAGAACAUCUGCACCCAGCUGAAGGAGCUGCUCGCGGACCAGCAGUCCCGCUCCCGCUCCCUGAGCCUCUGCCAGCGCCUGGGGCACUCUGCUGUGCUUCUCCUGGCCUGGGCCCUCUCGCUGAGCACAGUGCUGGGCUGCGUACUGGCUGUGCACUACUUCUCAGAGCACAUGCACGCGGUUCAGCAGGACCACCGAGCGCGGGGCAGCAGUGAGCGGCAGCAGGAAGCCAUCCUGCUGGUCCUGCCCUUUAUGGUGUCUCUCCUCAACAUGCUGAUGCCCCACCUGUACAACUUGCUGGCGACGUGGGAGAAGCAGGAGUCCCCCGUGGCACAGGUCUACGUGGCAAUCUGCAGGAACCUCAUUCUGAAGAUGGUGGUCCUCGGCCUGCUCUGCUACCAGUGGCUCAGCCGGAGAGUUGUCUGCUCAACAGAGGAGUGCUGGGAGACGUGUGUGGGGCAGGACCUGUAUCGCUUCGUGGUGAUGGACUUCAUAUUCACCCUGCUGGACACGCUCUUCGGGGAGCUGGUCUGGAGGCUGAUCUUGGAGAAGAAGCUGAAGAGGAAGCAGAAGCCCGAGUUUGACAUCGCCCAAAAUGUGCUGGAGCUGAUCUAUGGGCAGACCCUGACCUGGGUGCGGCCGUCGGAAACCUGUGGUCCCUUCCAGGGGCUGGAAAACAUCUACAAGUCAGGGAAGACCUGGGUGCAAGUGCUGGAGAAGUCCAACCCGAACAUCACCUGGUUCGCGUGGGUCCACCAGCACCUGGUGGAGAACACCUUCCUCCUGUUCUUCGUGUCUGGGGUCCUGCUAGCUGUGAUCUACUUCAACAUCCAAGUGGUGAGAGGCCAGCGGAGGAUCAUCUGCCUGCUGAAGGAGCAGAUUGCCAACGAAGGGGAAGAUAAAAUAUUUCUCAUUCAGAAGCUUCACUCCGUUUACGAGCAGAGAGAGAGACACACCUGAGUCCCAGUGUCAGACUCCCCAGGAAGGAGCGGGACAGGACAGCACUCUGCUUGCAGCCAGGGACUGGAUCCAGCCGUCUUUCUAAGCCAUCACAGUGUGACACUGGAAGCAGUGGGACCGUGGGGUGUUGGGGAAGAUCCUCCCCUCCGGGUUGCAGCAGCCAAGGACUCAUUGGGGCAUGUCAUCUGGCAGCUCUGCGGGGAUGCUGUGGCACAGGGACGUGGGUGCUCCCACUGCCCAGAGCUGCUGGGGACGGGGCAGGCACAGCAGGACCAGGACACAGCGCUGCGCAGGGCUGGCUUGCCAGCAGAGCCCUUCUCCAUGGGUGGUUACGGUUAGCAGAGAACAACUCUCCCUACUGUAAAUGCUCCAGCCAGCCCGUAGAACACCUUUGGGCUGUUUCCAGAAGACUUCAGGGACAGUGAUGCUUUCUGGCUGGAGAGAACCCUCAGCCCCCUUUGCACUGCCGAGGAGCAGCCAGUCUGGAGCCAGGAGCUGCCAGGCACCGA